UUUUCCUACUUACCAGCCUUUCGAAGAUAUGUCUGGCAGAUGCUCACAGAGCUCUAUUUCGAUAAUGUCAUGUACGCAGAAAUUCGAUCCUCUCUGAAGAAGCUUUAUGAUGAAAAGGGAAAAGUUUAUCCCAAGGAGUUUACAGCUCGUGAAUACAUUGAUAUUAACAAUAAAUUCGUGAAAAAGUAUCCGGACUUCCUGGGUGUCAAAAUAAUUUUUUGCGGUCAUCGUAAUGAUAUAAAUAGGAUAAGACACUCUGUAAAAGAGUUUAAGCAAUUGCAUAAAGAUUUCCCAAACUUUAUAAUUGGAUACGAUAUAGUUGGUCAGGAAGAUAAGGGACUGACACUGUAUAGUGUCCUGAAUGUUUUGGACGAACUGCCAAAGACAGCUCGUCUUUUCUUUCACGGAGGAGAGACCAAUUGGCUUGGAUCUAUUAUGGACACCAACCUCCUGGAUGCUAUUCUACUUAAAACCAAACGAAUAGGACAUGGUUAUGCCCUUGCAAAGCACCCAAUCCUUAUGGAGAUGGUAAAAAAGAAUUCAAUAGGCCUGGAGGUAAGUCCCAUAUCGAAUCAGGUGCUUAAUCUGGUCUGGGAUAUGCGGAACCAUCCGGCAGCUAUAUACCUGGCCGAAGAUAUCCCGAUGUCGAUUACCAACGAUGAUCCUGGAUUCUGGGAUGCAGAGGGACUGUCCUAUGACUUCUACUACGCCAUAAUGAGUAUGGCUCCAAAUAAUGCUGGACUGAGUUUGCUCAAAGCCUUGGUGUGGCACUCAAUAGAUUACUCCAUUUUGACGUCAGAGGAAAAAGAAAAAGGCCUCAAUAUCUUGAGUCGUCGAUGGGACAAAUUUCUAACUGAAGUGCUUAAUAGGUGGGGUAAAAAGCCAAAAAAGUAA